AUGGACAACUGUCUGGCUUCAAACUCGGAAACGGGCGGCGUCGGCUGCGACAACAUGACCAUGUCCAUUAUCGGUUUCCUCAAUGGUAGGACCAAGGAGCAAUGGUACGAGGAGAUCGCCAAGCGUGUCGCAAACGGAGACGGCCCUUGCGCCCCUCCGGAAUAUGCGUUAUUAUACGAAUCUAUGGCUGAGAAGCCCUCACUUUCUGUCGAGGUUGUGGUGGCUAUUGCCAUGGGCGUCCCGGCACUUCUCAUCGCCUUGUUGACUCUCUGGAUUGGAUACCUAACAUUGAGGCAAUCCGGCGAUCCGCGACGCCAGAGACAAGACCGAAACACCUUCUCCAUGCUGCCUUUGAUGUCAUAUGGCAUGGCAGGGCUGGCUCCUCCUCCCAUGAUGCCAGUCCGUCCAAGAGCUGCUCAGCUGCUUAACUGA